UGUUGCUAUCCGUUUGUUUUCUCUCACUUCUCUUCCCAGUUUACCAGAGAUCAAGAUGAGUCUACGGAAGCAAACUCCUAGUGACUUUCUAAAACAAAUCAUUGGAAGGCCAGUUGUUGUAAAAUUAAAUUCUGGAGUUGAUUAUCGAGGUGUCCUGGCUUGCUUGGAUGGGUAUAUGAAUAUAGCUCUGGAACAGACUGAAGAAUAUGUAAAUGGACAAUUAAAGAACAAGUAUGGGGACGCAUUUAUCCGAGGAAAUAACGUAUUGUACAUAAGCACCCAGAAGAGGAGGAUGUGAAGAUGCCAGAAGGAGGCUGUUUUGUACUUGUGAACCUCUUCAAAGCCAUGAGCCCUAUUUGAUUUGUAGUUAGUACUCCACAGAUGAAAUACACAAGUGUUUAAAUAUUUUUUUUAAAUAAAUGUAAACCAGUGUAAACUUCCUGAAUGUUUUUGUUUCAAAGCAUUGCUUUGUUCCACUGUACAGAAAAAAAAAUAAAAAAGCAGCAUGUAAUAGUGUCGCAAGACUAAUUUAAA